UAAUAGUCAAAAUCAACGUGCUUCUACACUAAAACGCAACAACGUGUUGUCACACUGAAACAAGAUGUUUAAGUCUUUAAUUGUGAUAUCACUUGUCUUAUCUUUCAUUUAUGGAAAACCAUUAAUCGAAGAAUUAGAAAAUCCCAACCCUCCAGAUUCUACUGGAUUAAGGAAUCCUGAUUUUCCAGCUUCUACUGACACGGAGAAUUCCAACCCUCCAGCUUCUAUUGAUACUGAGAAUCACAUUCAUCCAGCUUCUUCUGAUACUGAGAAUCCUAAUCAUCCAGCUUCUUCUGAUACUGAGAAUACCAAUCAUCCAGCUUCUUCUGAUACUGAAAACCCCAAUCCUCCAUCAUCGUCUGAUACUGAGAAUACCAAUCAUCUGGCUUCUUCUGAUACUGAGAACCCCAAUCCUCCAUCAUCGUCUGAUACUGGAAACAUUAUUCAUCCAGCUUCUGAUACUGAGAACCCCAAUCCUCCAUCAUCGUCUGAUACUGAGAACCCCAAUCCUCCAUCAUCGUCUGAUACUGAGAUUACCAAUCAUCUGGCUUCUUCUGAUACUGAGAACCCCAAUCCUCCAUCAUCGUCUGAUACUGAGAUUACCAAUCAUCUGGCUUCUUCUGAUACUGAGAACCCCAAUCCUCCAUCAUCGUCUGAUACUGAGAAUACCAAUCAUCCAGCUUCUUCUGAUACUGAGAACCUCAAUCCUCCAUCAUCUUCUGAUACUGAGAAUCUUAAUCCUCCAGCAUCUUCUGAUACUGAGACCCUGAACCAUCCAGAUUCUACUA